UUCCUAGCAACCAGGAAAAGUCAUCUGUUCGCCUGAUCUCUGCAAGCGCCGGCCCCAGCCGCACUGAUGCUCAAGCACCUGCAGAAGCAGAAAGAACGAAAGCCCUGCAGCUGACUUCAAAACAAAGUGAGUUCACUUCCUAUCACGGAAUUGAGGUGCAGUGUGAACUACAGAUAGCUGCUCAGCUGGAUAAACCUCUAACCAUGGAAAGAAGGCUUGUAAAGAAGGAAAUGAAAAAGCUGCUGGGAGAUUAUAUUGGCAUCAGACUUCGGGAAAAUGAAUUUGACCCUAAAGGAAAAAGGCAACUCACCUUUCUGGAUGAUAUGGCACACUAUGACCUGGCCAUCAGCAUGGCCCUGCGGUGGCUGGAUCACUCAGAUUUAACUUGGCUGGAGUGGGAGGACAUGAAAUUGCCACUUCACAGCAGACCUGUAUAUCCAAACUAUAAAGAACGGGAAGCAAUGAUUUUAUCAUCUUAUGCUGGAAUCUUAAUGAACAGUAUCCCAAUUGAAGAAGUCUUUCAAAUUUAUGGGGCCCAUUCUGCCAAUUCUGGUACUACAAAGGUUCCUCGCGCUCUGCUGCCCCAGCUCUCCAUGCACCCUUUGGCCAUGUUAACCGCGUCCAAAGCAGUAGAAUAUGCCCGCAAGCAGAGUGUCACGCUAAGAAAGGGAACAACUCAUAAAAAAGCCAGGAGCAGUUCUACAAAGGAAGCAAAUGCCACAGAAUGGAAAUCAUCAAAAAGAUUUUCGUACACACUGCUGAAGAACAAAGUCACUUAAAAACUUGGACUUGUACCAUGGAACCUGGUAACACAACCUCUGGCAACACACAAAAACCAUCAUCUUCUAGCUACAGCUUUUGCCAGCACAUUUUUCUUUACAGUUGGCUUUUGAUGCAAAUGGCAUUAAAUGCAAUUUUUAAUGUUGUUUUCUUCUACUAGGUGUAUUUGCAGAGUAUGUUUUGGUAAAAGAAAAAAGUGUAUCUUUUGUUACUUCAUGGUGACCAGAAGACUGAUAGAAAAUUCAGAGAGUCUAUAACAUUUCUAUGCCAGAACAGGCAACUGGCUUUGCAGUAGAUUCUACAAGUGGGGAGCAUUCAGUAUUCCAUAGUGGGGGAGUAGGGGACACUUUUGCCAAAUUGUAAU